UGCAAAUCCUUCACGAAUAAAACUAAAAAUUCAUUUAGUCUGACCCCAAAUCAGAGGGUUUGUGCACCAUGGGCUUUAUUACAUACUGAGCUUAAACUGUGUUGUGGAGGAGGAUGGGUAUUAUUAUCCCGAGCUUCCCACCCAGCUAUAAAAACUACAUCUCUGUACGGUUGCUCUAGAGUAGAUCCACCUCCUCUCUCUCUCUCUCUCUCUCUCUCUCUCUCUCUCCCCCUUCCUGUCAGUUUCCACACAAACCUCUCAGUCUCCCCUCGUGUGCCGCUGUUUUGGACUUGUAGUUGGAUGCUCGGCUGUGUGUGUGUGUUUUUGUGAAUGGAGAGGACAGACUCGGGCAGACAGCAUGGACAGACGUCUCAAUGUCCCUCAAACUGACGAGACAGACUCGGAUUUGAGACGACACUUGGAAUAAAUCACGCACACACUAACACACACCUGAGGAUCCGGACGGAUUUCUCAGAGAGCAUGGCACACACAGACGAGGACCUGAUCGGAAUCCCUUUCCCAAACCACAGCAAUGACGUCCUGUGCAGUCUCAACGAGCAGCGACGAGACGGGUUGCUCUGUGAUGUCAUCCUAGUCGUCAGAGACCAAGAGUACCGCACCCAUCGCUCCGUCCUGGCCGCCUGCAGCCAGUACUUCAAAAAACUCUUUACCGUGGCCACCGGUACCGGCAGGGACUCGAACCAACACGCCGUCUACGAACUGGACUUCGUGGCUCCAGAAUCGCUGACGGCCAUUUUAGAGUUCGCUUACACGUCCACGCUGACGGUGACGGCUUCGAACGUCAAGGAGAUCCUAGGCGCUGCGAGGCUGCUGGAAAUCCCCUGCAUCAUAAACGUCUGUCUGGAAAUCAUGGACACGGGAGGAGGCGGAGGGGACGCGGCCGCAGAGGGAGAGAUGGACGGGGAGGAGUUCGAGGGGGAUGAUGAGGAAGACGAGGACGAAGAGGAGGAAGUGGAGAAUGAGUCGAAAGACGGCGACCACAACAGCGAGAAAUCCCCACAGGAGAGCUUGUCCAAAAACCAGGAUGGUUGGGAAGAGAGGACAGGAGCCAGCCCACCCUGCAGUUCGCAAAAGGGGGUAAACCUAGAUCAGGACGACCACGAACCUCAUCACAGGAACACCCCAGAGUCCCAACAGGCUGAAAAACCCAGAGUGCCGGAGGGAUUAGAGAGCCGGGCACUGAAGGACUUCUCGAUCGAGUCCCUGCUCCAGGAGGGUCUCUACCCGAAAGUGCCAGGCCUUGAGAGAGGGGCUGGCUUCUCACCUCUCCUUCCAGGCUUCUACCCUCCCAUGUGGGCCGCAGAAUUCCCAAGCUACUCUCAGCUGGUGGAACCACGGAAUCCCCCUCACCCGUUCCCUAGUGCCUCGCUGGAAAACGGGCCGUUGGACCUCGCCUUCAAGAAAGAAGUCAUCAAGGAAGAGCAGAAGGACGAGCCUCUAAAUCCGGCCAUUCACAGAGACUUCUUUAAAGACUUCAUGAGUCCAGGACUGGGCGUGACCUCUGACCCUGCCCUCGGUCAGAUCAAAGACGGCGCAGACCUACGGUCCUACCUGAGUUUUCUCUCUGCCUCCCACUUGGGAACGCUGUUUCCACCGUGGCAGCUGGAGGAGGAGAGAAAGAUGAAGCCCAAGGCGUCACAGCAGUGCCCGAUCUGUAACAAGGUCAUACAAGGAGCGGGAAAGCUACCACGACACAUGAGAACGCACACGGGAGAGAAACCCUACAUGUGUACCAUCUGCGAGGUCCGCUUCACCAGGCAAGACAAGCUGAAGAUUCACAUGCGCAAGCACACGGGCGAGAGGCCUUACAUCUGCCUGCACUGUAACUCAAAGUUCGUUCACAACUAUGACCUGAAGAACCACCUGCGCAUUCAUACAGGCGUGCGGCCGUAUCAAUGCGAGCACUGCUACAAGAGCUUCACGCGCUCCGACCACCUGCACAGACACAUCAAACGCCAGAGCUGCCGCGUCUCGCGCCCGCGACGUGGCCGAAAACCCUCCGCCUGGCGCUCCACCAACUUCCUCUUCCCUCCAGACCCCAAUGCCCUUCAGGGGGACAGGACCAUGCGGGUCCCCCCGUUGCUGGCUGAACGACAGAACCCACCGGGCGGGCAAGCGAUGGAGGAUGUAGAUGGCAGCGGUAACAGCCGGGAGAGUUUGACGGACAGGAAGUUCAUCUCAGAGGAUGUGGACAGGAAACGGGGGAUUUUCGCUUUCGCCGUGGCAACCGAGGACGUUCUGCCUCACCCACCCUUCUACAGCGCCACCUCUGACCCCUGGGCCGUGAGACUGGACCGCCGCGCCCCGCCCAUUCCUGAAGCUGCGAAGUGACUUUGUAGAGCUGGCCGUUAACACCCGAGCUCUGAUUGGCUCUCGGGUUAAAGGACGGCAGGAACACUGUCUGCCUCACGCGACACAGCUGCCCGCGUUGGAUGUUACGAAUCUUUACAAACUUUCUCGGACGGAGAAAACGGUGUGAUGUUUAAAAUAAGAGACUUAUUUUUGUUUCGGAUGUCAGCUUCCAAUGGGAUGACAGGGAUUUUAAAUACUUUUUACGAUUUGUUAAUAUCUUGGAUGUGUUUGAUGCUUCACCGUUUUGCUAAGAAAUGAAAAUGAAACCAAGUGUGAUGCGCUCAUUGACUGUUGCGUGCAAACCGUGCGUGAAACUUAAAUGCAAGAAUGGACAGGUGUUAAAUCAGGUAUUGAAGAGAAAAAUAAGUCCUGCUGAAAUAAGCUACGAGCUCUUAGGUUUGCAUCCGAACUACUUUUAUUUAAGAUCAGAGUAAAUCUGUUCCCGCUAUUUGAUUCUAAAAAAGGAAAUUACAACACUUUGUUGAUCCUCUAUGCAAAAUACACGAAAAAGCAAGUUACCAUGAACAAAAAAGAAUUUGUUAAUCUGAAAACAAAAUCUCAGGCAAAAUGAUGUGCAUUAAGUUUUUUAAAGCCAAACAUGAGAUGUCAAAUCCACCUGCAGUUGAUAUUACAACGAAAAUAAAAUAUUUUUAUUUUCAUGAUUUUAUUUAUAUGACAUGAAAAUACUGCUGUUUAACUUUAAGCAUCAGGACCUGAAAUUGGCCAUUGAUUAAAAUCAAGCAAUGAAAAUAAAUGGUCUUUUAAAAUCCUACGAUGGAAGAGUUCAUUGUCGUAAUUAUUCAAUCGUAAAACACCCAAAGAUGUGUCAAACUUGAAAGACUUUUUGACCCUUUUCAUCUUUGUGUCUUUUACACAUAUAAGAUGUCAUUUUAAAGAGGUGCUUCAUGCUUGUGUACAGGAAGUUGAAACGGGAAAAAAUGUUCACCACUUUGAUAAAAGCGUUUGUGAAUGGCUAUUGUAAUUCAGCGUUGUUUAAACUGAAACAAGAAAAUAUUUUCGUGCUAUUUAUGCAUAUUUAAAUAAGCCUUGGCUAUAUUUUACUAAGAUGUUUUAUAAAGACACUAACACAUUUGUGUUGUGGUUUAUCAGAGAGAGGAUGUGUUUUCAAAAGGGAGAAUGUGUCAAUGCAGUAUCGUGUAGAAAUCAAUCCUAUUGCAUUUAAAAUCAUUUCAUAAUCAAACGGUUUUUGGGAGAGAAAUCCCAUAUUUUCCCCCGAAGAACUGUGACUUACUUUUAAAGCGAUCAGCAGUUCUCGUUUUUACUUUUAAAGCACCCACGAGCAAAAUAUCAGUCUAACAAUUUUCUAAGAAAAUAAGAGGUGAUGUAUUGUAAAUGUUAGGGGUAAAUAAAGAUAAACCGAUGCUGCACUUGACAAGACAUUUUACAUUGUUAUGUUGGUGUGCAAAAUGCAAAGACAUGUUUCAAUAGCCGUGUACAAUAAAGGUGCUUAAAGGUUUGUGUGUACAUAUAUAUGAAGCCCUUCUGUGGCUACUGGUUGGAAUUUACUUGCACUAUUUGUUCGUCGAUGUUUUAUUGAUCAAUAUUGAUUACGAUGUAUUGAUAUCUGGUAAAGAUUUAAAACACAUACUAAAAAUUACAGAACAUGUCUGAGAUAUGCACUUUACGCUUUAAGAACAAUUUCAGUGAAAAGUCAUUUUUAUAAAUGUGUGUGGUAUUUGUAUAUUACAUGAAUCCCUGGAAACUGAAUCAAAUUCAUUCAAGGAUUGGAAUACAAUAAAAAA